GAGCGGCGGAGCUGGGACUCGGGUGCCACCUCCAGAUCGGGCCCCGGGGGGCAAGGGGGCCGCCGCGAUGCCGGGCGAAAACAUCUUCCUGUUUGUGCCUAACCUGAUCGGUUAUGCCCGGAUUGUCUUCGCCAUCGUUGCUUUCUACUUCAUGCCCUGCUGCCCCCUCACGGCCUCCUCCUUCUACUUGCUCAGCGGGCUUCUGGACGCUUUCGAUGGACACGCUGCUCGAGCCCUUAAUCAAGGGACCCGGUUUGGGGCCAUGCUGGACAUGCUGACGGACCGCUGCUCCACCAUGUGUCUGCUGGUGAACCUCGCCCUACUGUACCCACGGGCCACCCUUCUGUUCCAGCUCAGCAUGAGCCUGGAUGUGGCCAGCCACUGGCUCCACCUGCACAGUUCUGUGGUCCGGGGCAGUGAAAGUCACAAGCUGAUUGACCUGUCUGGAAAUCCGGUGCUUCGGCUCUACUACACGUCCAGAGCCUCUGUUUCCGCCUGCCCUGUUUACCCUGUGUGCUGGGAACGAGCUCUUCUAUUGCCUCCUCUACCUGUUCCAUUUCUCCGAGGGACCAUUAGUUGGCUCCGUGGGUCUUUUCCGAGCGGGGCUCUGGAUCACCGCCCCUGUCGCGGUGCUCAAGUCUCUCAUCAGUGUGGUCCACCUGGUCACAGCUGCUCGCAACAUGGCUGCCCUGGACGCGGCGGACCGAGCCAGGAAGAAAUGACCCCGGAACCUCCAGCCCCUGGCCGCCCACCUGCCCUGGGGAGUCUCGCCGGGCCAUGCGGUUCCCCUCGCCCUCCUGGGAGGGCCCAGGCUCCCGUCUUCCUAAUGUGCUGUCCAGCCUGCUGAGAAGGGGAUUGGCCUCCGGGCUGAUGCCAUGUUCUCCGAGAUCCUGAGGACCAGUCCCACCCACAUUCCCAAGGACCUGGACUUCCAAUCAGGGAGGAUGCUUCGGAGGCCCCGCCCCUACGGGCAGUGCUCCCGGGAGGCCGGGUGGCUGGGAGUCCGGAGUCCCUGGGACCCGGCAUUGGCACACCUGCUGGCUCAGCCCAGGGAUCUGGCUUGGCCUGGGACUUGGGACACUCGAGUGAGGGAGAUGGGCUAGGGGCUAGGUUUCUCAGAAGGCGGGGAGUCAGACUGUACCCCUGGCCCCAGGAAGCCUGGGGUACCCCAGCUGGGAGAGAAGGGGGCGUGUAGAUCCUAACCCAUCCCAGUCUCCUGUGUCCAGUCUGUCCUGGCUCUGGAAGCCUCCAUGGUAGGGGGGUGGGGUGGGGGAGGAGAGGGCUUCGUUCUCCAGGAUUUGGUUUCCUUUGAGAUACUCUUGGACCAAGGCCUGAUUGAGGGGAGCUGGUGGGGGGGAAGGAAGAUCCAUCUGGACGCUUUUCUCCUAGUGUCCUCACUGGCUCCACCUGUCAUUCCACCGUCACCUCAGAGCGAGGCCCUCCCUGCCCCCCAGGUCUUUGCCCACCUGCUUUACUUUCGUUGCGACAUUGUCACUGGCUGUCCCCACUUUUUUGUAUACCUCACGUUUUCUACUCCCACCAGAAUGUAAACUCCUCGAGGGCACAGACUUUUCUUGUUCCUUCUCUACCCCCACAGUGAAGAUGAACCUUAACCUGGUAUAUCGUAGCCGCUUAAUAAAAGCCACGAGCGGAUCA